AUGACAAAGCUGGUGGACAACGCUUUGCAGAUAUGCGAGAAGGUGAAAACGCAUCUGGGUGACCUCGAGGACUUUGGUGAUCGCUUUAACUACUUUGGCUGUGGAGUGGUGUUGCUGGUGUGUGUCUUCGUGGUCUCCACGAAGCAGUACUUCUUCAACCCCAUCUCCUGCUUCAUCGCUACUGAGGUGGGCGGGACCAACCUGCUGAGCUACGUGGAGAACUACUGCUGGGUCCAGGGUACCGUGCCCAUCACCUACACUGGCCGGAUGCCUACCAAUGAGACCGAAUGGCUGCAGCUCGAGGAGAGGAAGAUUCUGUACUACCAGUGGGUCCCAUUUGUCCUGGGGCUGCAGUGUAUCCUAUUUUACCUGCCUCGGUUGAUCUGGAAAGUGCUUUACCUUCACUCUGGAACGAAUGGGAACGCACUCAGCCGAGUAGUCAUACGCUCGGUGGAGGCCCUUCACGCUCCCCCAAGCCAACGUCAGGCAGCCAUCAAUGAGAUCGCCGACAUUGCUGAAUACUACUUUGCAAAGCGCUUUGAUCGAAAGAUUUCGACUGAUUUUGGACGAUCCAAGUGCCCUCGUGGUGUAAAUAUAAUUGCCUCAUAUCUGGUGGUAAAAGUCCUCUACCUCAUCAAUGCGAUCGGUCAAUUGUUGAUGAUGCAGCGAUUUCUUGGCUUCAGCUCCAUCAGCGAUUUGGCCUACGGUUUCAGUGUUCUUAGGGAUAUUGUGAAUGGUCACGAUUGGCAGGUAACACAAAUCUUUCCACGCGUCGGUUUCUGCUAUGUGGAGUUAAAAUUCCUCGGUGUAAAGACUAACGCCGUGACCGCGCAGUGCGCUCUGCCAUUGAACAUGCUCAAUGAGAAGAUCUACCUCUUCCUGUGGUGGUGGAUCAUGGCCGCCGUCAGCAUCACCACCUUCUACCUUUGCCUCUGGAUAUUCCGCUUCAGCACACACAAUCGGGAGGCCAACUACAUUUUUAAGUAUGUGCAACUCAGCGCAGACACGUUCACGCAAUACAAGGACAAAGAGGUAGAGAACUUUGCCCGUCACUAUCUCCGGCACGAGGGUAUCUUCCUUGUGCGGAUGGUGCGUCUAAACGCUGGGGAGCAGGUCGCGGCGGCGGUGGUGAAAGCCUUCUGGGAACGCUACAGACUGGCUAACAUGGAUCCCCUCAGAAGGGGUUUCCCUCUCUCGAACGUCCCUACAGCUCCUGCAUCCAACAUUGUUCCCCGGGACCUUUAUUCUCAAUUUAAAAACUUCUCUAAGGUCACUCCUCAUGAGAAGGACAGUGCGGAUAUGGACACGAUGUCCACACAAGCCUAUGUUUAG